AUGUCUGGUCGCUUCGUUCGCGCGUCAAAGUACCGACACGUCUUUGGCAAGUCGACGAGGAAGGAUUCCUGCUACGAUAACCUCCAUAUUAGCCGCAAUGCGUGGGACACCAACCUGGUCAAGGUCAACCCUGAAUACCUCUCCGUCAACUGGGAUGCUUCUGGUGGUGGCGCUUUCGCUGUCAUCCCCCUGAAUGAGAGGGGCAAGCUGCCCGAUGUCAUCCCCCUGUUUCGCGGACAUACUGCUGCUGUGCUCGACACCGACUGGAACCCUUUCAACGACCGCAUCAUUGCCUCGGCAUCCGAGGAUGGCAAGAUCUUCAUCUGGGAGGUCCCCGAGGGGUUCACCCUCUACACUGACGCCGAGGAGAUGCCUGAUGUUUCGCCCGUGAGCAAGCUCAAGGGCCACCCCAAGAAAGUCGGACAGGUCAACUUCAACCCCUCGGCCGAAAACAUCCUAGCCUCGGCCUCAGGCGACUUCUCCAUCAAGAUCUGGGACAUCACCACAGGCCAGUCGCCCCUCGCCCUCAAGCACGCCGACGUCAUCCAGAGCCUGUCCUGGAACGCCAGCGGCAGCCUGCUGGCCACUACGUCGCGCGACAAGAAGAUCCGCGUCUGGGACGUCCGCCAGGAGACGCCCGUUCACGAGGUCCAGGGCCACGCUGGGGCCAAGAACAGCAGGGUCGUCUGGAUGGGCGAGCACAACCGCUUCGCCACCACCGGGUUCUCUCGCAUGAGCGAGAGACAGAUUGCCCUCUGGGAACCGGGGAGGGCCGAGCCCAUUGGCGGAUUCUCCCUCAUCGAUAAUGGCACUGGUGUCUGCAUGCCUUUCUGGGAUGACGGUUCCAACUGCCUUUACCUUGCUGGAAAGGGUGACGGCAACAUUCGUUACUACGAGUACGAAAACGACAAGUUUGAGUUCCUCAGCGAGCACAAGUCUCUGGACCCCCAGCGUGGUCUGGCCUUUAUGCCCCGUCGUGGUAUCAACGUACACGAAAAUGAAGUCAUGAGGGCCUACAAGACGGUCAGCGACGCCUACGUCGAGCCCAUCUCAUUCACCGUCCCCCGUCGCGCCGAAACGUUCCAGGCCGACAUCUUCCCCCCGGCCGUCGGUAUCAAGCCUGCCGUGAGCGCCCAGGAGUGGCUUGACGGCAAGACUGGCAUCCCCACCAAGAUCGACCUGGGUGAUGUGUACGAGGGCCAAGCCCCCAAGGAUAUCGCCUCGGACUACAAGCCUGCGCCCACCCCUGCCGCCGCCCCCAAGCCAACUCCCAAGCCUGCCCCUGAGCCCAAGAGUGAGGAGCCCAAGCCUUCGGUGGCUGUGCGCGGCCCGCCCCCCAGCGUCAAUGAUCAGAAGAGUUCGAUUGCCGCCAUGGCCAGCAAGUACCAGGACAACGAGGGCGGAGACGGCGAGGACGACGAGGAUGACGAUGACGCCUCCAGCUUCGAAGAGAUUGCCAAGCCUCCCCAGCGUGCCACCCAGCCACCUGCCAAGGUUGAGACCAAGCCUUCCUUCCCGUCUGCUGCUUCCGCCGCCGCCCCGCCACCGGUCAAGACUCCGACGUACGCUCCCUCAUCUGCUGCUGCCGCUGCUGCUGCCACUACUUCGGCCAGCGCCAGCAGCGGCUCCGACUUGUCGUCCCUGGAUCAGAUCAAGCAGCUCCUCGAGAACCAGGCCAAGAUGAUGUCGGCCCAGAACGACAAGAUUGGCAUGCUGGUCUCGGAGGUGGACGCUCUCAAGAAGCAGGUGGGCGCUUCGUCUUCACAGGACCAGAGUGAACGCAUCAGGCAAUUAGAGCUCGAGCUUGAGGAGGCUAGGUCCUAG